AGGUGAGUUUGGUCCAGUUGGAAGUUCCGAAAUUGUCGUCCAGCUCCAACAGUGCAGGUGCGCACCCCGGCUUAAAAAUACGGACGACUUUCAGAUAAACAAGGAACAUCAAUGGCGCAAGAUGCUCGGGAACGCUUUGCGAAGAAGAACGAAGCCGAAGAUCUCCGAAGAGCCUUCGAUAAACUGGAUACCAAAGGUGAUGGCAAAAUCGAUGCCCAAGAGCUUCGUGAGGUUUUGCUCUUGCUCAGACACGAAACCAAAAAAUCUGAAGUAGAGGAUAUCAUUUGGGAAGUAGAUGAUGACUCUGACAAGUGUGUCAGUUGGUCUGAGUUUCAAGCCAUGUGUCAUCGAUGCCGGGUUGACCAAACUGGCUAUGAACCCCGCCGUUUGUUUAACAUUGUUGAAUUCAUUAUGAAUGAUCGAGAUGGAAGUGGUUCUGUAUCUGUGGAGGAGGCAACGCAAAUUCUAUAUCUCCGCUUUGGGAACGGGUUGCUUGACAAGCGACUUGAAGACAUAUUUGGUACUUCUGAUACAAACAGCACUAAAGACCUUUCCCUCACUGAGUUCCUAAAAAGUGCUACUUCGUCUUGGUGUUUUAAACAGCUUCGAUCAAAGGUGGCUUGAAAAUGUGCUUGCCUGACAAGGGCAACAUCAGAAAGUACAGAGCCCGCGAAUUAGCCGGUGGUUUGCAGUAGUCGAGGACUGUAUCGCAUGUUUCAAGGUGGCGUGUGACGACUGUUUAUUUCAUGUGGAAUCUAUUUUGAGAGCAGCACGUCUUUAGCUGUCUCUAAAGCACAGAAAAUAAUACCACCGCCCAAGCCAAGAAUGUAACUCGGGGGGUU